GACGAAUCAGAGAAUGUUAUGACAUUCUAAUAUGCAUAGGGCCUGUCAGAUGUAGAGCCAUAGAGUUGCAUAGAUCAACAACAACCAAGAGAGUCCUAUGUCUUAUGUACAAUGAAACUACAAGAAGGCUGAUGGAGGUGUGGCACUUGGAUUGCGCUGACCCCCUCGCUACAAUACACCAACAAUCUACAACUUACGUAGGAUUACGAUAGCAUACCAAAGCUUAUGGUGUUUACCUGGCACAAGACAAGAUCCGCUUCAUUUUCUUUUACAGGACUUCCACAACAUCUCACUUCAACACCUACAAUGCAGUUGAAUCAUCGUCUUUUAUCGUCUCUAAUAGCUCACUUCCGCUCACGAUCGCUCUUUUUUGAUUCGUAUUGAAGGAGAUAUACUUCGAUUAUGGCAAGCGUUCCUUUUGAAUCUCUUAGCCCCGAGGAGCAGCAGGCUAUAUGGAACGGUCCUGCGAUGAAAGUCCCCAAUAACGAAACAGCUAAUCUUGUCAAUCCGCCCAAUAUGAGUGCCACUGCGCGUGGAAUUAUUAUAUUUUGCCAAGUCUUGACCACAUUGGCUGUCAUUGGGCGCUUGUAUUCCAAAUUCUUUAUCCGCAAAAACAUCACACCAGAUCUGCUCCUAAUAUUCUCAUAUGCGGCCUUCCUAGCCAACACAUCUGUUUCUCUCCAUAUGACCGUCGUACCCGGUCUCUUUAUUCACCAGUGGAACAUUCGAAUGGGGGUCUUCACGAACUUCCUGAAAAUGGUGUUGAUCCAAUCUCAACUCUACAUAAUAGGGGUUGUAACUCUAAAAGUGGCGAUUUUAUUGGAAUGGAAGAACAUAUUCGUUCCACAUGGUACCCGAAACUUCGUGUUCUGGGCAAUUCACGCCAUGAUAUGGUCUUGCAUCUUCUUCUACCUUUCCACGAUAAUUGCCUUCAAUGUUGCGUGUACUCCGUACGAGGCCUUCUGGAACAAGCUGAUCGAGGGCAAUUGCGAUCGUGUUAAUCCUGGGUUUAUCGACAUGAGCACCGGUGCGAUAGUCAACUUUGUUACCGACGUGGUGAUCUUGCUCCUGCCGCAGAGGGCAAUCUGGAGAUUGAACAUGUCAACAAGGAAGAAGGUCGGAGUUUCUGUUGUAUUCUCUGUCGGCCUCUUGGCUUGUGUGACUGCUCUUCUCCGACUUAUCUCCACAGAGCAGUACUCCAAGUCACUCGACUUUACGUACAACUUUUCCCCGUUAACGUUAUACACUGUUGCCGAGUUGACCUGUGGCUUUCUGGUGAUGUGCAUGCCGACCAUGCCCAAGGUGUUCUCAAUCCUGAAGAGCAAGCUGAGUUCCUUGACCGGUACUAACAAAUCGGGCUCCGUGGGCGCCUCAUGGCAGCGAAUGGAAGGAGGAAUCCCUAAAUCUCCAUCGAAACACACCUCAGAGAGACAAUUAUUUCCCUUGGUAGAUGUGCAUACUGGCGCUUCCUCAGACGAGCACAUCCCAGUUACGGAACGGGGUAUCUGGCAAACCUCUCAAUUUGAGGCGGUGGAGUCGUUUGAUCCUAACGCUACAAAGACCGAAUAUAAACGCCAGGAGCAGUGGGAUUAAGUGAAUACCUGUGUUAAUUUAUUCUUGUACUAUAAAUCUAUCCUGGAUGGUAAACCAUCAUGAUUUCGCAAUGUACUUAUUCUCGACCAUUGGUGCAAGCUAUGGCUUGCCUUGUACUAUGUAAAAUACCACACAAACGAACAAUAUCAGCAUUAGCAGCAUUAGCAGUGUUACCGAUAUCAUUCAUAUUGAUGCAUGGUAUUACUUCAGCAACUGGUCCAGAUUCUGCUCUGUCAGAUAUUGUUGCAGGUGCCUAAGGCCCAUGACCCCACUAGGUUAGGCCAUAGAUUGGCACUCCGCCAGUGUAGUCUGGAAUAAAGCAAGCUUUCUUCCUUUCAUCUUUCAUCUUCUUGGUUGCAGUUAUCCUGCAACCGAUAUAUUAGGUAUCUUGCCGCAUCAUCCAUGAGUG